AUGGGCAGUGGUCACAGGCUGGUGCGAGGUAAAUCUCCGUCACAGAUCCGAGGAGGCAAACACAAAACGAACAUUCAGGCGAGCAGGCGGCGAGACAGGCUAGUGCAGAGGGAAAGCAGGCAGGAGACGGAUCUUAAAACAUGCAGCACAGUAGCGUGGAAUCAAGAGACUCGUCUUGCAAAAACACGUUACCACUUGUGGAAGCGACAAUACUCCGACACCAGACGUCCGUCACACAGCUCCAUAAAUGCUCCCACUGAUGACGUCCGAUGCGCCGCAGCUGUGUUAGUUCAUGGAGACUGGUACUUCUGCUGUAAGAUUGACGAGAAAAACAUCAAGCUACCCUGCAAACCUGAAAUGAAUGAAGCAGAAAAAGCCAAAAGAGCUGAGAUGAUGAACUCAUCAAAGGUUAGUGGUUACACGUUGUUGUUGGCUAUAGUUGUAGCGGCUUUCUUAACGUUAUGGAGUGGAUGGAGACGAUUCUUUGAAAAAAAGUUAGGCAUUUACGGCAGGAAAAGUCUGUAUUACCAAGUGGUUUUGGAAGAGGAGGAAAAAAUUCUGGAAGAUCUUUUGAGAAAAGCAGUGAAUGAGAACUUGAUUAGGGAAAUCACAAAGAACAUAAAUAAACAGGACUGGGACGGCUGUUUAAAUGCUGCUCAAGAAAUGAUUAAUAAAGCAAAACUACAACAAACAACUGCAACGAAGGACGACAACACGGGGAUGAGCGAGGGGAACGUCAAAGGAGGGGAACAGGCUCAACAAGGACCCGCACGUCACCAGGCACAAAAUCUUGAGCUUCAGUCAUUGAAAGAAGACAAUAAAGAAACCACGCCACUGUUUGACUAAACCGACUGAAGAAAGGGGAAAAAUAUCAAGUGAUGCAACUACAGAAGCAACACAA